AAAGGAAGAUUUCAUUGCUUAUAAGGUCUUCUCUGUCCUGGAUUGGAAAUCAUCGCAGUGUUCUUCUUGUUGUUCUGAAAAAUAUUUCCAGAUUUUCGUCAGUUUUGAUUGAAAAAGAAAAGAGAAGAUUAAUUAUGGAAGAGACUCUGAAAGAACAGCAGGCUUCUGUUGUGGUUCCUGGGAAGUCGAAGUUAAGAUAUCCACUGAGAUCGGCGACGAAAGCAAAAGAGGAGAAGCCGCCGGUCUCUGAACUGUCAAAUUCUGCCGCUUCCAAGAGGGGAAAGCCUGCGUCAAGUGUAAGUAAAAGUGUGGGCGUUCUUGAUCUCUCUGGCAAGGACAAAUCUGCCAAGCCGCCCAGAAGAUUGUCUGUUCCUGCCAAGUCACUGGUCACUUCAGCUGCAAAACCAGCUGCUAACAUCACUCCAAUCUCUGAGGCUAGAACAAAGAGAUCCACUAAUAAUCAGGGGAAAAUUGAGACACCUCUUUCUGAUGUUUCCAGGACAUCAAACCGAAAGAAGUUCAACAUGCUCUCCUCAGCUUCAUAUUGGCUGUCGCAAAUUAAGCUCUCUGAAUCAGCUGUUAAGCACUCGAUUUCUCUUGGUUUUUUCAAGCUUGCUUUAGAAGCUGGAUGUGAGCCUCUUCAACGUAUGACGGAUGAGCUUAAAUCAUAUGUGAAACGCCAUGAUGAUGAACUUGCUGAAAUCAGGGAAUGUGUGAAUGAAUUGUUUGAGAGCUACAGAAUUGCGGACAAUCAAGAGCAGUUACAGGUUUCUGAGUCCUGUUCUCAAGUACCUGAAGAGGGAACUCGAUCAUCUGAUGAUGAAGUUCUCAGCUCCUCCUCAGCGGGAAAUUGGAAACUGAGACCUAGAUCUCUAAACGCUGAUGCUGCUCCAGUUUCCAGAGUCACAGAAUCAGCUAAGAAGGAGAUUACACAGAAGAAUACUACCACACCUAGGACCAGAGCAUCUCAGAACAAGAGUACUAUGAAUUCAAGAUCUGUUUCAGGCACUGCUGUUCAAAAGCUGCAGAAGAAGCCUCAGAGGUCAAGUAAGCAAGAAGCUACCAAGGAAAAGGAUAAGAUCAAGAAGCAGGGAAAGAAAUCUGCUGCAGAAGAAGCAGGUCCAAUAAGCCCAUCUGCCACUGCGGUUGCUCCUGAAGAAAACAAAGAAAAUAUGGAUGCUCCGCCAAUGGAGAUCAGUCAGACAGAUUAGCUAGUCAGUUCGGGAAAAUUUACUAAAAUCUUAUCAUUCUCCUACUCUUUGUGGGUCUUCAGUCUUUUUUUUUUCUUCUUCCAUGUGAGGGCUUCUCUGGACAUAAUUUGAAAAGAGUUCAAGGUGGAGGUGAUGUUUUCAGUCUGGUGUGAAAGCGAGACAAUUUCACUUGUUUUAAGAAGUGUGUAUUGGUGUUUUCAGUAUUUUAAAUUUACUGGUAAAGCAAAUUGUAUCUGAUGAAUUCUUUAUAAGGUAUUUUUGGCUUAAUAUUAAUAUAUAUAUAUAUAUCAAUCUUUUCU